AUGCCUUUGACUCCCGUUGCCCACUCUGUUCUCUACCUGUUCGAAGCUGCUGCUAUGAACGAGUCACACCCGUUAACCUGCCCUCCCUGGACAAGCAACGUGUGGAGGGAGCUUUUUGGGCUGUUUCCUCUAAAGGGUAGUGAGGACUAUUACGAUGCUGAGAUUGAUGUAGUUGGCGACAGUGACCCGCAGUUGGAUUCAAGCAAGGAACUGGGCCUCACCAUGCCCGAGUCUUCAAUUGCCUCAAUCACCGAAAAUCGCCGAAGGCACUUGGGCUCCAUGAGCGCGGAUUAUGUGAGGAAGAUACCAAUCCGCGAGACAAUCAAGUCCACUACUCGAGGCGAGAAAGGUGGCCCGGACCCUUAUGGGUAUGCUGCGUAUCGCAACCUGGUAUUGGCUGCAAUCAACAGGAAGGGCGGCGUCAUGAAUCAAGUGGAGGAGACUUUGGGAAAGAUUGGGGCUACUCCUGCCGAUCUCUGGAAGGAUGACAGAAGCUUAAACAGGGAACGUCCAGCUACCAAACGUGUGCUUGAGCAUCAGGUGCCUAUAGCUGACACCCAUGCAAGGCUAGAAGAACGAGAUGUGCAAGCAGCUUUGGCUCGAGCCCUAUUUGGCGAUGCAGGGGUCAGCAGUCGUGGGACUGUUGUCCCAGAGCUGAUCCCUACAAUUCGUUGCUUUGCACAGCGCAAGUAUGAGAACCUUGCGCGGAGCUUAAAGCGUAAGGUAACCACAUCAUGUGCUAGAAUGCAAAAGGUCGACAGCAAACUGGAAGAUGCUCAAAGGCUCAGAUCCCCCAAGGCAUUGCGUGACGCAACAAGGGCUUUGACUGAUUGGCGGAAGAUAGCAAUAGGGACAAAGGAGGUUGAUGAGCUUCACUUCCUGUCCAGGGAACGUACGCUGAAGCAGUUAUGGUCGAGUCUUGGGUUUGGAAGUCUUGAGGAUGAUCUGACGGCGUCAAAAUCUAAAAGCAAGUCAACUCAAGAUGGUCCAAGCGAAGAAGAAAUGCAGGCUGCCUAUGCUUACUAUGUUGAGGAGUACUGCUAUGGAGUUGGCUGUCUUGACGAGUCCGAGCUUCCUAUCCCUACAGUUGGUGUCUCUGGUCUCCACAGUUUGGUGGAUGGGUGCAAGGAUAUUGGGGUAUCGCAUCUCAAGUCCUUGUCCACGGAGGCUUUGUGGGCCCAGCUAGGACUGCCAGGUGUGGAUCAGUUCCCGUUUGCAGAGCCUGGCACUGGUGAAAGCGCCAAAGACAUGGCUCCACUGGCCAAAACUCGUGCGAGAGUGGGCGAUUGCGCCCAACCAACUUUACUGUGCGACAAUGUUGGACUUGGAAAGACGGUGCAAAUCAUUGGGGUCAUUAGCAUGAUCCAACAUUACUAUAAGCAACAGGAACUGCCAGCCAAAGAGCGUCUUGCAACACCCAUGUUUAUCCAAGAGCAAAGCUCGCCAUACUUUGCAGGCCAAAAGACCAUACCAAAUUUGCCAUCAAUUGUCAUUACUCCGCGGACACUUGGCAAUCAAUGGAUGGAGCAAUGGAAGAAGUUUACCCAGCUUGGUAGUUUUGUUCCUGUCCGGUACUCAGUUGAGAGCGGCACCCUUGAGAGCUUCUGCAGUGACCCAACAGGUCCAUACCGCGCUGCAGCUGGACGAGACUUGGAGCAUGCAGGGCGAGUGGUUAUCAUUGCAGACCUAUCGGCUAUUGCAAAGGAAGCAAAACGGUGCUUACAGCUCCCUCCUGCAUUCAAGGGUAAAGAUGCAAGGGAGUACGAAGCUAAGGGCGAGACACCUGCUUUCAAGGCAGGGAUCAGCAAUGCAGGCUCACUCUUUGGAAUGCGCUUUCGGGUGGCAGCUGUGGACGAGAUACACAAUCUCCGAAACAGCAGUCACACUCAACGAGGGGUUCAGCUCAUUACUCAGUCCUCGUCCUUGGUGAUUGGAGCAACCGCCACACCAUUGUUUACAUCGCUCAAAUGCCUGCUUGCUCUUGGACGGAACCUGCGCUACCAGCCAUUGCUUGGUGAGCAAGGAGUUCAGGUCUGGAACAAGAUGCAGGAAAUGCUGUCAACUGGUAAUGAAAGUUGGAGGCUUACAAGCACAGCGGUAAUUCAAGCCACAGUAGAAAGGGAGCUUCAAGCGGCACUUUUACUUGGCAAAAUUCCCUUGUACGACCCCCGCGCUGCUAAGAUCAAGGAAGAACUGGAAAGCAAGUACCAGGCUGAGGACCAGCGGAGCAUCCUCCAUAUGAUUCAUGUCUCAAAGCAGCCACUAAACAUGUUGCGCUUGCUUCUUCUCCCCAUCAUGAUUCGUUGCACAAAUGAGUCCUUAGACUAUUUGGGCAGACGAAUCUUGGAUCUCCCGUUUGUACAGAAGUUCAUUGCUUGGGCACCCAUGAAUGAAGAAGAGAAGGAAAUGCAACGGGUCAUCAAUCAAGAGCACACACAGCAGAAGAGCAAAAAAACAAAACUGGCGCAAAAGGCUAAGGCUGCCAAGAGACAAAAAAGAAAGCAAGCGCAGGACAAUGUGGGUGACAAUGAGGAUGAGGAUGUAGAUGAGAAUGCAUGGAAUGGGUCUCAGGCACAGGGGGAGGUGGAACGGAGCGAUUGCAAGAAUGUCAGGUGGCAUAACUUCCUGAUAGAACAGAAGUUUGCUGGCAUGCUGGCUAAGCUGGGAGCGCUACGGCUGGAAGAGCAGGCUCAGGAGCUUGAUCGUGGUACCUUGACAAACAAAGUCACCGAUGACUGGACAGUGGAGAAUCUGCCCCAGAAGAUGUCCACAAGGAUGCAAUGUGUCAUGGGAUUGAUUGAGUGGUUCUGGAUUGGCAACCCCAAGCCCGUUGCAUUGCUUGAGGAUGGUACGCUAGAUAAAGCAAGGCUUGUGCAAGAACCUUUGCCCAGCAAGAAGCCGCGGAAGUUUCUCAUAUACGUGGAAUUUCAGCAGCACCAAGCACUCAUUGCAAAGAUGCUCACUCUCAAAGAAAAAGACUAUGUGACGUACAACGGCUCUAUGGCUACCACCAAGCGUCAACGGUCUGUUGAGAAGUUUGCCAACGACCCAUCAUGCCGAAUCAUGAUCAUCAGCAAUGUAGGCUCAGCUGGUCUCAACUUGGUGGAAGCCUCAGUUGUGAUCAUCGUAAGCAGUGUUUGGUCUGGGCUUGAGCUUGACCAAAUCAUGGGUUGCGUUGAUCGCCCUGGGCAGCUGCGAGAUGUAGCUGUAUACAACAUCAUGGCGCCAGAGGGAAUUGAUCUGGCCCUGAAUGUUUACGCAGAUAGUAAGGCACAGCUCUCUAACCAUUUCCUGAGCUCGCAAAGAACCUUGCAAACUGUGUACUUGGAAAUUGCUCAGCCACACUCCAAUGAUCACGAUGAGCUUGACUUGGAGGAGAUCCCUGCAGUCCCUUCAACAAAGGGUACAAAACCAUCCACUUCCAAAGCUGGGCCACGCAAGAGAAAAAGCCAAAAUGAACAAUACUCUCAAGAUGCAAAUGCUGUUCAAAAGCUAGCCCUAGCCAAGGCACUGGGAUCGCAGGUUUCUGGUGCUCCCUCAAGCAAUUUAGUCCCUACAACACAGAGCAUGCAACCUCUUCCAACGUUAUCAACAGGAAGCACAGAACAGACUGAUGAGUUGUUGAUAUCCCAGGGUGUACCUACCACUACACCAAAUGCCAUUGGUGGCCGGACAAUGGUGGCCAGUAGUCAACAAAAGACUAAGUUCCAUGCAAAAAAGGCAAGACUUGGUCACUCUUCUUCUGACCCGUCAUGGGUGGCUGCGGCAACAACACAGCCAAGUCAGCCUUUAUCUGCAACAGGGCCAAUAUUGGUGCCAGCCAAGAAGCGCACAGCACCGUCCAUGGAUCCACCAAGCAGCAUGCCAACACGUACAGAUCCAGCUGCCAGUGGUAGCUCUUCAAGACAAGCACCAAUUGUUCCCAGGCCAUCUGGAAGUGCGCAGCCAAGAGCAGCUACUGCUACACUGGAGCAGCUGUUGCAAUUACAGCCUGGGUCUAGCUCCACAGCACCUACUACAUCUGGGCACUCAGUAGUCACAGGAGGUGGAAGCUCACAGAGGAAGGUGUUCCGUCUGAAAGCAUCAAAACUCUCAGCUAGUAAUCACUCUGUUGACGCAAAAAAGUAA